CAGAGAGAGAGAGAGAGAGAGAGAGAGAGAGAGAAAUAGCAAUGGGGAAGGUGAAGGGAAAGCAUCGUCUUGACAAGUACUACCACCUCGCCAAAGAGCACGGCUACCGCUCCCGUGCCUCAUGGAAGCUUCUCCAGCUCGACGCCAAGCACUCCUUCCUCCACUCCUCCCACGCCGUCCUCGAUCUCUGCGCCGCCCCCGGCGGUUGGAUGCAAGUCGCCGUCCAGCGCGUCCCCGUCGGCAGCCUCGUCGUCGGCGUCGACUUAGUCCCCAUCGCCCCCAUCCGCGGCGCCUUCUCCAUCCAGCAGGACAUCACCAGGACCGAGUGCGUCGCCAAACUCAGGCGGCUCAUGAAGGAGCAAGGCUGCUCCGCCUUCGAUUUGGUCCUUCACGAUGGCUCCCCAAACGUCGGUGGAGCUUGGUCGUCGGAAGCUACGUCGCAGAAUGCUUUGGUUAUUGACUCGGUGAAGCUCGCCACUCAGCUCUUGGCUCCCAAGGGCACAUUUGUCACCAAGAUUUUCAGGUCACAAGAUUAUAAUGCAGUCUUGUUUUGCCUUAAGGAGUUAUUUGAGAAGGUUGAACAGUAUAAACCAUCAGCUAGUCGUAGUGCGUCUGCGGAGACAUAUCUCUUGGGUUUUAAGUACAAAGCUCCUGCAAAGAUUGAUCCUCGGCUACUUGAUAUGAAGCAUCUGUUUAAAGCAGUGGAACCUCCAAAGAAGGUGGUGGACGUACUAAGAGGAACAAAACAAAAAAGACACCGUGAUGGGUACGAAGACGGAGACACAAUUUUGAGGAAAGUGUCUUCAGCUGCUGACUUCAUUUGGUCUGAGAAUCCUCUUGAUAUUCUUGGAUCUGUUACUUCCAUAACAUUUGAUGAUGCAUCUUUGCCCAUUAAGGAUCAUGCUUUGACAACAGAUGAGGUUAAAAUUCUAUGUGAUGAUCUGCGUGUCUUGGGGAAGCAAGAUUUCAAGCAUCUAUUGAAGUGGCGAGUGCAGAUAAAGAAGGCCUUGUCUCCUUCUGAGAAAGCUGUUGUUACUACUGCCCCCGAUGUUGGAAAGGAAAAUAAGGAGGCUGAUGAUGACAGAAUACUAAAUGAAAUGGAAGAGCUUACAAAUGCAAUGGAGCGCAAGAAGAAACGAGAAAAGAAGCUUCAAGCCAAGAAACGUGCUCAGGACAAGGUUCGGAAGGCAACAGGGAUGCAAAUAGAUGCAAUGCAAGAUGGUUAUACAGAUGAUAAUCUGUUUUCUCUAUCUGCAAUCAAGGGUAAGAAAGAUCUUGUAGCGAUUGAUUCCACUGAAUAUGAUGGUGAGGAUGGGGAGCUGUCAGUUAGCGAAAACGAGGACAUGCAAGAAAAACCUGAGGAAGCAUCUUCCAGUGAUGCAGACUCUGAUGAUGGCCGUAGAAGAUAUGAUGCAAAAAUGGAAGAGCUUAUGGAUCAAGCGUAUGAAAAUUAUGUGACAAAAAAGGAGGGAAGUGCAAAGCAGCGAAAGCGUAUGAAAGAAGAGGCUCAAAGUUUGGAGGAUGUUGACAGGGAAGAUACGAUUCCAUCUGACUAUGAUUCAGACAGAGAUGAGGCUGAUCAGGAAAAGAAUCCUCUCUUAGAUGCUCUUGAUGAUGGGGAAGGAGCAACUCAGGAGGAGGUUACGAAUAACUGGUUUAGUCAGGCGAUCUUUGCUGAAGCUGUAGAGCAGGGUGAUUUGGAGAAGUCUGAUAGUGAGGACGAGAUGCAGGUUGAAAAGCCAGAAGAUAAAUUACCCCUGCCUGAGAAGCCCCUGGAAAAGACGGUUAAAAAUGUUGAAGAAAAGUCUGAAAAUCGUGUUGCUGGGUCCAAUUUUAAUCAUGAGAUCAAAGCUAAGAAGGCUGAUGAUGAUUUUGAGAUUGUCCCUGCUCCAGAUACAGAUACUGAUUCAAGUGAUGACUCAUCAUCAGAUGAGUUGGACGAUAUGGAUACCUAUAGAAAAGCUGAAAUAUUGGCAUGUGCAAAGAAAAUGUUGUCAAAGAAAACCAGGGAAGAGAUACUUGAUGAUGCAUAUAAUAAGUACAUGCGUGAUGACGAAGGCUUGCCCAAAUGGUUUUUGGAUGAGGAAAAGAAGCACCGACGACCAAUACGGCCAGUGACCAAAGAAGAGAUUAAUGCAAUGAAAGCGCAGUUUAAAGAAAUUAAUGCUCGGCCGGCAAAGAAGGUGGUAGAGGCUAAAGCUCGCAAGAAGCGUGUUGCCAUGAGGAAGCUUGAGAAAAUUCGCAAGAAGGCCAAUGUAAUAUCAGAUCAGGCAGAUAUCUCUGAUCGUUCAAAGAGCAAGCAAAUUGACCAAUUGUAUAAGAAGGCUGUGCCCAAGAGGCCUAAAAAGGAGUAUGUGGUUGCGAAGAAAGGAGUUCAAGUCAAGGUUGGCCCGGGUAAAGUCCGUGUUGAUGCUCGAAUGAAAAAGGAUGCAAGGGGUCGUGGAACAGGUAACAAAUGGGCAGGGAAAGGCAGCGAAAAGAAAGGAAAAAAUACAAAGGAGAAGAGAGGUAAAGGUAAAGGAUCUGGGAAGUUUUCAGGAGGGAAGCCGUCGGGAAAGAAGGGUGGUAGCAAAGGAAGAAAGAUGGGCAUGCAUGACUGAGCAGAAGUCAUUUGCUUGUUUAUUUCUUUUUCAUAUUUUUGUUUAAUCAUUGCUUUAUAAAUGAUCGAUUUCUGUAGCAAUUUUGAGCCAGACUUUAUUUGUUAGAACGGAUUUUUUGUUUAUCAGAGUUCUAAUCAUUAUUCAAUCAAACUACCGUUUCCGGAGA